UGUUGAUCUAUCAUGGCAACUUUUGAAAAUCGAAGUGUGCAUAAAUUUUCAUCCUGGUUGGGAACUCGUGCCUUUUAAACAAAUGCAAAGGUAAAGAUUCGCAGCAUCUCGGAGUAGCUUUGAAAAAGAUCAGUGAAUUCUCUUUAGAUUCUGCAAAUGCGGAAAUGGGAUUCUCACGUUUUCCGGAGGGCAUCUGAAUGAUCUAUUAUUUGAGUGAUGCUGGGUCUUGUAGCAGCAUGCUGUUGCUCACGUUUAUCGAUUCUUAUGCCAGUAAUUCCAUUUAGAUACAUGGUUUCUGGCUUGUCACAGCUGCAUGGUCCUUCAUUACCCAUUAUAAGAGAUGGUUCUUCGUACAAUAGACCAAGUCCUUGGCUGCUUGUUGGUUUGGGCAAUCCAGGGCCAAAGUAUGAAGGCACUAGGCACAAUGUGGGCUUUGAGAUGAUUGAUUAUAUUGCUCAAGCAGAAAAUAUCUCUAUCCAUUUGAUUCAUUGUAAAGCUCUAUGCGGAAAAGGCCAUAUUGGCAACGUACCAGUUCUCCUUGCUAAACCCCAAACUUACAUGGACCUAAGUGGAGAAUCUGUUGGCCCACUUGCAGCAUAUCAUCGAAUACGUCUUCACCAUGUACUUCUGAUGUUUGAUGAUAUGAGCUUACCAUGUGGUGUUUUACGCCUUUGUCCACGUGGGGGUCAUGGAUGUCACAAUGGCAGGGUAAGAAGUGUGAUAAAAGGUUUUAAACAGAAUGAGAAUUUCGCUCGCUUACGCAUUGGCAUUGGUAAACCACCUCGCAAAGUUGAUCCCAAGGCUUAUGUGCUGGAAGUGUUCAACAUAAGUGCUCGUGAAAUGGUUAAUAGUGCCUUGAAAGAAGGGGUUGAAGCUGUGAAGCUUUUUACAUCUGAAGGAUUUUUUGAAAGUGUUAACCGCUUUAACAUAAUGCAGAAGUAUAAACACCAGAAGAUUGAUUACUUGGAUAUUGGUAAAAUUCAUGACAGUGGUGGAGGGUAAAUAGAAUUCCACUUUCGUCCUUGUAAAGUAACUAGUUUCCAAUAUACUGGAAAUAAACUGUGGCAAAUCCAAAAUCAAUUAGAAAUUGACUUCUUUAAACAUAAUAGAAGUAAAUGAAGUUUAUGAAGGAACAAAUUUUAUGUAAAUGUUAUCAUAUUUCUUGCUUACACUUUUGGAUGGCUCUAUGUAUCUAAUUCUUUAUUGAUAUCAUUGAUCCUCAAUGGAGCACA